CUGCCUCCUGGGUCUGGACGGCCCAGACCUGCUUAGAGCACUGGAGGGAAGGCUGCGUGGAAGAGUAGGUCCGGCUGCUCAAGGCCCUGGAACCCCAGUGGCCGGAGGGUGGCAAUGGAUCUGCACUUCCGCAAUGGCGGCAAGCUUGGUAAAGCUGCAGCCGCCAAGGCAACCACCAACAUCCUGCGUUCGGGAAAAAAGUGUAGCACAAGCCCACAGAAACCUAAGACUCCGGAGAUUGGAGCGGCUCACGUAUUGGAACUGCCUCUUGGGGUCAAGCUGCCCGUUUUCCCUGGAAUGACCAAUGUGUUAUAUAGGACACACAUAAGUGAGAAGCUAUACCAGCCUUUUUGGGGGUUUAACCUUACUGAUCCAUACUGUCAACUUAUGGAAACCACCUACAACAACCUCCACGAUCCACACUUAAAAUCAUACUACCACCGGAACAGCAUGCUGACAACAUUAAGGAGAGGCGGGUUCAUCACUAGCAAUAACAAUGUAAUAUGCUCCUUGAGUGAAUUUAAUAAAUAUAGGCAGUAUCUAACCAGGUUAAAAAUAGAUACUGAAAGAGAAUAUAAAAAACAACAUAAUUCAGCUGUGAAUCCAUCAAGACCUGGGAUUUGCUAUGCUGGUCAUAAAGUUCAUGACAACUGCGAUGCUGCCAAAUUGCAACAAUAUCCACUACGAAAAGAAGCACAGGCAGCUGCAAAUCAAGAGCUGGUGAUGAACCGCGGGUACUUAGAUAGGAUCAGAAAGGAAAUGAAGAUUGAAGACAGAACAGAAUACCAAAGACUGUUCUGUAUUCAAAAAGAAGAUAGAAUGUGUAAGGACCACCAUGCAAGAAGACUUCACUUAUGCGGGAAAAUUGAAGAGGAAUGGAAAGAUAAAGAAAAGUUCCUUCUCACAAAGCUUGGAGAAGAAGCAGCAAGAGACAUGACCAUUGAGCAGUGUGAGAGAAUCAGAGAAAAGACUGCUCAAAAGAGACAAGCAUAUCUAGAGAAAAAAAUACAUAUCAUUUACCAAAAAUGCGUAAAAAUGGCCAUGAAGAAGAAUCAGAAGGAAGAACCUGUAAGAAAAAAGGCCAAGAUGAAGCAGGGUCUCUUUACUUUCCUAAAACUAAUAACAAGAUUUGUGCUUGUGCUCAAAAAUUAUCACCCUUAUUACCCUGUAAGCAGGAUGUACAAAAUAACGCAGCAGAACAAAAGAAUUAUAAAGAAAAAAGCAAAACAUCAGAUACCCUAAAAAAUGCAGGAAUGAAAAGUGCCUUCCCUCACUUUGAAGUUGCUCCUCUGAAAACAAAUGGCACUGAACCAUCUCAAUUAUGUACGCCAGAGCAAGCAGCAAGGGACACUUCUUUAUUAUGAGAUGUGAACAAAACCAAAAAAAUCAUUUGUGCUGAUUUGAAUGAUAAGAAGACUAAGAUAUCGAGCGGCAAAUAUGAC